AUGGCAUCUCAAUUACUUCCCCUCGAAUUGAUCGAUAAGUGCGUGGGAUCAAAGAUCUGGGUCGUUAUGAAAGGCGAAAAGGAGUUUAGCGGCACCUUACUCGGGUUUGACGACUACGUCAAUAUGGUGCUUGAAGACGUAACUGAGUUCGACUACUCUGGAAACCACACCAAACUCUCAAAGAUACUCCUUAAUGGGAACAACAUCUGCAUGUUAAUACCUGGUGGUGAAGGCCCAGUGGCAGCAAGUUCGUGA